AUGUCAGUUUUCGACGAAAUUGCCCAUGCUAACUCGCUAAAAUUCUGCGGAAAUUUCAGCGUUAAAGUGCCGCUGGUAUGGUCGAUGUUGGCACGUCUCACGUUCAACGCCUAUCUGUUGCAUAUGCCCAUCAUAUACAUAUUCAACCAUUUGAGUUUCUUGCAGAGCGCCACCACACCCUACGAGCUGCUCGCCGUUGUGCCACUCGUCGCUGUGCUCAGCUUUUUGGCCGCAUUUCUCUUCUACGUUUUUGUUGAGUCACCUUUUGGCCGUCUCUCAAACGCCCUUCUAAAAGCUAUCUUCUGA